CCAAAAAAUACAAACGUCAAAAUAAGUAAAAGUAAAAUUUUUGAUUUUCAAAAUAUUGUGUGCGAUUUUUUAAAUUUUGAAUUACACAAAAUCCAAUAUAUGUAUCUUUAAAUUCAAAAUUAUUAAUAUGCGUUCCAUGCGAACGGAGAGUAAAGAUGAAAAUCUGGACGUAGAACAACCAUCGACUAGUCGCUAUUCGCCUAAAUGCCCCGUCGAAGUGGCAGCUGUCUCUCCAAAAGGGUCAGCGUAUCGAAAUUUGGCCCAGCGUGUGCUUCAAGCACCACUUCAAUGCCGCUUGGCACACAAAUUACGUCUCGCCGUGUUUGAAGGCAAUUCGCCCAAUCCUCGUCACAACAAAAAACUCAAAUUGGCUAUUCGACGGGUUACCGAACAAGGCCUUUCCAUGGACAUGGUGCAACAAAUUAUCAAUAGAUUUGCCGAAACCCGCGAAAUGCUACAUCGUCAAAUAUUGCAAAUUCGUUAUAAUCGAAAAAUAUUUCUCAUAUGCAUACUGCGCUCGGGCGAUUCGAUGGAAUUGAAGGGAAGUCUCAUGCCACUAAUGCGUACCCAUAAUGCCAGUUUUGUGCAUGUGAUGCAUAAUUUCUAUAGCAGUGCUGUUAUCGAGGCGAUCAUUUCGUUUCAAACAUCAUUGGAUUUCAGUGAUCUUGAGGGUUCGAUAGCGCGCGAUGCGACCGCUUGUAAAGCGCAAGCCAUCGAAAUAGUCGACUACGAGACCGGUGCUGUUAACUUCAAAUGUGAGCCGAGCGAAAUGGAUGCAGUGUUGAAGGCGGUCAUUUCCAAGGGCUACAAAGUGCUGAAUACCGAAUAUAGUUUCCAGGCCAAACAGUUGAUAAUGCUGGAUGAACGCGAACAGAAAGAGUAUAGAAGAUUCCGUGCAAAGUUGAUGAAAGCACACGAUUUCGAUAUGAUUUUUGACAAUGUAGCAAACGAUGAGAUUGGGGAUGAGGAAGGUGAGGGUGAGGCGAUAAAUAAGACAGCAUAGGCACGGGGGUGUCCCGACAGUGGGGUUUACGUUAUCGUAAUGGCCCGGAUUUCUAGUCGGCCAGAACUGUCGCUUCAGCAGCAUUUUUCAAAAAUUUGUAAGGACACUUUUAUAACGUUAAGACAACAACAACAACGGCUUAGCCGAUAAAUUAAUACUGCUUUGCAACUGUUUUGAAAAUACUCACUAUGGUGCAUACUUUAGGUUUCUAUUGAGAUUUUAGCGGGCUUUAGCCGUUUUUUUUUAUUUUUGAUUUUUCAUUUUUGAUUGAUAAAUCGAUACUUAACAGAGUCAAUUCAAAUUCAAUGCGAUAGUGCAAAUAAAAUCUUCAUAAUUCAUUAAUAAAUGUCAAAUACAUAGAUAGUCUCUCACUUAUCGCGAAUAGAUAUUCUUAGUUGCCAAUAAAUCGCAUAAGACAAUAACGUUGAGUUGAAUGGACAAAGUCGAUGGGCGAAAAUUGAGCGCUUACUUCUAAGCAAAUUGAGCUAACAAAUACACUACUUAGAAUAAUAUCUCUACUUAUCCAUAAAUUAUGCAAGUGACUUAAGUAUUAGGAAAUGUAUUGCCAAUGUCUUAUCCCGCGUUCGAUAAAAAAUUAGUUAUCACCAUCCAAAUUAAGAGCGUAAGCGAAAAUUCUCUCUCAGAAGGAAGAAAAAGUAAAAAAAGUUAACGGACGAAAAGAUUGCCAUCACUUGCAAAAACCUA